AUGGCCAUGACGCGGUCCUUUGAACAUCAUUGCAUCUGCUUCAUUUGCUGCUUUGGCUCAAGCAACCUCACCAACACUUCAAGCUUUCUGAUCCUUACCCCAGACUGCGCGCUCGUUAUGCGAACGACCUGGGGAUUCGGUCUGGUUUGUGCUGUUCUGUGCAGCACAGGAUUGGCUGUGCGUACUCGUGGCAAUUCUACGGAAAAGAAGCUCGCCCCGCGGCCGGCGCUGCUGCUGAGCUUUGAGGCGCUGCUGCGCUCGGGGAGCCAGCUGCUGCACCUGGCGGCGGACGAGAAGGCGCAGCUGCUGGCGGUGGAGGACCUGAGCGCGUCCAACGCGUCCAACACGUCCAACGCGUCGAGCGAGCGCAUGCUCAUGGACGUGGGUUUGGCCUUGAGGCACUAUCAUCAGCAUUUCUUCGAUGAGACGGUGUGCUUCACUUUCGACAUGUUCCCCCAGGGGAUGGCUGGGAUGCCCAUCGGCAAGCAAUGGAAGCGUUUGCUGAAGCACUCAGAGAGGCUGGCUGCGGCGGGCUUUGCUUCCCGUGGCAGUGACGGACUGGAUGUCAAUGACAGCAACGCUUCCAACGGCUCCAGCAGUUCGGGCAACACGACCGAGCUCGAAAUCUCCAAGCGCGAAAUGCAGCACUUCAUGUUCCUUUCUGCCAUGAACGACAUUUUCGAGGUCCCGUUGCAGAUGUAUGAGGUCGCCAAGCUCGGAGAAGGCAAGAAGAGCGUCGCGGGGCUCAACUGCACGCCGUGGUUGGUGAACGAGUCCCGGUCCAUGAAUCUACUGGAGAUGCUGCAGGCGGUCGGCCCGGCUGCUCCAAUGGGCCUGGACUGGUGGCCUUCCUGGGGAGAGGAAGACGAAGAUGCCUCCAAGCUGCUCCGAGCCGUGAUGGGAGAAAUGUCGGGCCGAGGCGUGGCGACUAUGAGUGCCAACUUCGAGUACUGCGUGACCGACCUGGGAGAGCUGUUGGCUACGAAGACAUUGUACCAGCUUACCUAUCGUCGGCACCGUGAGGAUGAGGCGAAUUCGACCAAUGCGACGAACAUGACCAAUACUACGAAUGCUACAAACUCAACAGAUGCUGCCAUAGGCUUGCUGUUGGCGGCGGAUGACACCUUCACCCUCUACGAGUCGAAGCAGGAGACGGCGCUGGCUUCCGCUCCGCGGAGGCUGGCGGACCUGCGGACGCUGAAGGCGACCUACGGAGUCACCGGCGGGGAGUGCGUGAACUUGACGCAGGGCAGCGUGGGCUCCGCGGAGAUGGAUGAGGACGUGAACGGGAAGGAUCGCUUGAACCGCAUCAACGGUGAAGCGGGAGGUCAUUGGACUGCAGCUCCCUAUGACUUCUGGAAGGGCGUGAAGGUGCAUGAGAUCAUCCCAUCGCUGGGAACUGAGAUUGGACCUUUGAAGCUGCCAUUGGCGGGGCCCCAGCCCAGCUUCAUGCGGAGGGCUCUGCCGGACUCCUUCGAUGCCCGCGCGGAGUGGCCCAACUGCAACUCCAUUGGCGUCAUCCGCAACCAGGGGUCCUGCGGUUCUUGUUGGGCCAUGGCCGCUGCGACCGUCAUGACCGACCGCUUCUGCGUGGCGUUUGAGAUGAUGAACCACACGCAGAAGGCCAAGACGGGCACCGACUUCGGCUUGGGGGAGGAUCUGGAGGUCCUGUCCUUGGCGCCGGAGCUGCUGGUCCAGUGCGACAAGACCAACAACGGCUGUGGGGGCGGUCGCCUGGACGACGCCUGGCGGUUCCUGCAGACCAAGGGCCUUCCAAAGGAGUCUUGCGCGCCCUACAUGCAUUGCCCAGUGCCCACCCAGCGAUCCUGUGACUACGGAUGGGAAAAGAGGCCCUACGUGCCCUUCCGUGCUGCGAAAGAGGCGGCGGCGACGGCGGCCAAGAUCUGCGAGGGUCAUUGUGAGGACGGCUCGCCCAUGGAGUUCUUUAAGGUGUCUCAGGCCUUCGCAGCGGCGCGGCCCCGGGACGUGGGGGGCAUGCAGCGGGCGCUGCUGUCUGGGCCGCUGGAGGUGGCCUACUUUGUGUUCUCUGACUUCAUGAGCUACAAGAGCGGCGUGUACUUCCGCACGCCCGGGGCGUACGGGCCUUUGGGAGGGCAUGCGGUGCGCAUGCUUGGCUGGGGCACUGAGGAAGCCUUCGGCAAGAAGCCCAUGGACUACUGGCUCAUCGCCAACUCCUACUCCCCGCGCUGGGGGAUGCAUGGGCUGUUCAAGAUCCGCAGGGGCACCAACGAGUGCGGCAUCGAGACCACCCCGGCGGCUGGUGUUCCGGACUUGCGUCUCGUGAGCGGCAUGGCGCCUGUGGAGCCUGUGGAGCCUGUGAAGCCUUGA